AUGGCUCAUCCAGUCGAUCCGAAUGACCCUAUUGAUCCAAAUGCCAGAAAUGUCCCAGCUCUGGUUAUACUAAGUGUUAUUGCUCAAACAGAUGCUAGACCUAUUCGUGAGGUGGCAAUCCUACUUAUGAACCAUGUUACUAACACAGAGUUGAAGAGUCAACAGUUGCUUACUAGAAUUCUAGAGUUGCAACUCGGUCAUAUUGCAGGAGCACAAAAUACAAGACCUCAAGAAGGCCUACCUAGUGACACAGAGGUGAAACCAAAUAAGGUAAAUCUAGUUACAACAAGAAGUGGGUUGCAGAUAAAGGAGGAGGUACAUAAUCAGGUUCAUCGCAUAGCCAAUAAUAAUAAUUCUAAAGACAAUGAGAAGAAAGAGGUAAAAAAAGUUGUAAGUGAUGAAAUUCAAGUGGAGAAGAAGACUUUACCCUUACCUUUCCCUCAAAGGAAAAUGAUGUAUCACGAGGAGGAGAUUUACAAGAAGUUCUUAUAUCUUUUAAAGCAGUUUCAUAUAAUUCUUUCUCUUGUUGAUAUUCUGCAGAGUGUUCCAAAAUAUGGAAAAUAUCUCAACAAUUGGGUGGCAAAUAAGAAUCGGCUGACAGAGUAUGCUACACUUACACUUACUGAGAAGUGCACAUCCAAGAUUCAAAACAAUCUACCCAUGAAGCUGAAGGAUCCAAGUAGUUUCACUUUGCAGAUCAUCAUUGGGAAAACCAUCAGUACUCGUGGAUUGUGUGACUUAGGAGAGAGCAUAAAUCUUAUGCCUACAUCGUGGUACCAGAAGAUGGGUCUUGGGAGUCCCAAACCCACUACUAUUGUUCUUUAG